AUGGCAGAACGAAGAGCCCUGCUUCUUAAGAGGCGUCUUAUGAAGGAUGAAGAUUUGUUGGAGAAGUAUCGGACGACAAUGAAUGAUUACAUCAAAAAGGGACACGCAGAAAUGGUUCCUGAAGAAGAAUUAAAUACAAGGAACAGACCAGUGUGGUUCCUCCCCCACCACCCAGUGACACACCCUUUGAAGCCCGACAAAGUCAGAAUGGUGUAUGAUUGUGCAGCAAAGUUUGGACAGACAUCUCUAAAUCAGCAGUUGCUGCAGGGCCCGGAUCAGACAAAUCAAUUAGUGGGUGUCUUAAGUCGUUUCAGACAGAACUCUAUUGGAAUUGUUGCUGAUAUUGAAGCAAUGUUUCAUCAGGUCUUGGUGGACCCAAAGGACCAUGACAGUUUAAGAUUUCUGUGGUGGCCAAAUGGGGACCUGAGAAAGGAAAUGAAGGAGUAUCGAAUGGUUAAACAUUUGUUUGGUGCUACAUCUUCGCCGUGUGUCGCUAAUUUCUGUCUAAGAAAGACAGCGCAGUCGUAUCAGGAAGAAUUUGAAAAGGAAGUAGUGGAGACAGUGAACCGCAAUAUGUAUGUAGAGGUCAUGAUGAAGUCGACAAGCACCACAGGGAAGGCAAUCAGUUUAGCAAGUCAGCUGCGGAUGUUGCUAGAGAAAGGUGGAUUCCGCUUGACUAAGUGGUAUAGUAACGACCGAGAAGUGAUGGCGACAAUACCAGAGUCCGAAAGAGCCAAAUCAGUGGCGAAUUUAGAACUCGAGCAACUCCCGACAGAGAGCGUUCUCGGACUAAAAUGGAACAUAGAAGAAGACAAGUUUGUAUGGGAAGUAAUGGAGAAGAUGUUGCAGAGAGUGAGUCAGAAACCAGUGAAACGCAGAGGAAUUGUGUCAGCUGUUUACUCCCUGUUUGAUCCUCUGGGAUUCAUCGCACCAUAUGCCAUGAACGCCAAGUUGUUGUUGCAAACGCUCAGUAGAAAGAGGCUGGGUUGGGAUGAUACGUUAGAAGAAACCGACAAAGAACAAUUGAAGCGCUGGCUGGAUGAUCUCCCAAAAUUGCAUCAAAUACAGGUAGACGGCUGUUUCAAACCUCAGGGAUUUGGUGAAGUUAAAGAUGUACAGUUACACCUCUUCUCGGAUGCUACUCGUCAAGGAUAUGCAGCCGUUGCAUACCUCCGUUUGAAAGAUGUGACCAACCAAGUUCACUGCGCAUUUGUGAUGGGAAAGGAAAGAUUGACUCCCAUACGUGAGAUUUCGAUUCCAAGAUUGGAGCUGACAGCUGCUGUCAUCUCCGUAAGGCUCUCUAAGAUUAUUCAAGAAGAGUUAGACAUGACAAUAGACCGCGUUUCCUAUUGGAGUGACUCGACUUCCGUGUUGAAGUGUAUCAACAAUGAGUCAAAGAGAUUCCAUACAUUUGAGUCUAAUCGUCUAACAGUGAUACUCAAUAGUUCCAAACCCUCAGAGUGGAGAUAUGUGAACGGGGACGAUAACCCUGCUGAUGAUGGUUCAAAAGGUCUCAAAAUAGAUACCAUGUUGAGGGAUGACCGUUGGUUAAAGGGCCCCAAGUUCCUGUGGGAAGACGAGAGUUACUGGCCCAACAUGAUCAAAGUUCCUGUCUUAGGAGACGAUGAUGAAGAAGUUAGGAAAGAGGCUCAGAUUUAUGUCUCCACUGUUCAAAGUAAUGUUCUGGAUGACCUGAUUUCGUUCUACUCCUGUUGGUGGAGAUUGAAAUGCUCUAUUACGUGGUUGUUACGUUACAAACAGUAUCUGCAAAUGAAAGUUCUGUUAAGAAGAAAUGCGCCAAUUGCAAGUGGCUCUUCAGUCGAGUCUAUUAAAAUGCAUUUGAUGAACUGUGGCCAUUUAACAAUCGCAGAGCUUCAAAUAGCCGAAAGAGAAAUAUUCAAACGUGUUCAACAAGUGGCCUUUCCAGAAGUCAUUGAUGUGCUUUCAGCAACGGAGUGCUGUGAGGACAGGAGGUACCCGAAGGUUUUAAAGAAGGCUGGUACAUCAAUACGUCAGCUGAAUCCACAGAACAAAGAAGGCCUAUUGAGAGUCGGAGGUCGACUAGUCAAUGCACCCUUUGGUGAUGAAAGGAAGCAUCCUAUCAUCCUCCCAUACAAGCAUCAUGUGACUGACCUCAUUAUUAAGCAGUGUCAUGAAAACUUGGGUCAUAUGGGACAAGAAUCUGUUUUGUCGUCCUUGAUAGAGACGGUUUGGAUUGUGAAAGGGAGAUCAGCGAUGCGGCGCGUUUUAAGAAGAUGCAUGUUUUGUCAACGGCAAAAAAGUGCAUGCCCUUGGGAGCAGUUCAUGGCAAAUUUACCAGAAGUGAGGCUCGUACCUGAGAAACCACCUUUCACUUACAUCGGUGUUGAUUAUUUUGGACCGCUUGAAGUUUAG